GGGUGGGAAGUUUACUUAGUUAGUGACGGGGUGGAGGUUUUAGUUUCUCCCGGAUGACAGCGCUUCUCACCUUACCUCGAAGGGAGAGCCCAGCCAACUGACAUUCGGUCCAGUCACUCUCAUGACCAAAGGUGGCUAGGAUGGGUAACAUCGAUAUUAUAUCCCCCUCCAUCUCAACAGACCGUCACUGCAGACGCCGCGGCGACGAGGUCGAGAUCAGUUGUGCAGACUUACCUCUCUCCUCAGCCGUUCGUACACCACGGCCAGUUUCUGCUCUCGCUCUCCGUCUCCUUCGUGAUGCUGCCCUUCUGCUAGCGCUGCACGGCUACACAACGAGGAGGGCUGCGGCAGCUGCAACUCCUCCAUCUUACUGCCCUCAAGUCCAACAUCCUGUCUAGAGUUCAGCUUGCCGUGUGGCGUCGGUUCCGUUCCCGGGCAAUGGAAACAAAAAAAGCGAGAGCCAUACAUGAAGGGCGCGGGGCACCUCUCCGUUUCAAACAGGCUCCUAAAACAGUCUGGGUCGCUUCUCCUGAUGCCGCUGACCACGCUGAUGUCAUCCUCCCUGCUGCCGUCCACCGUGGUGAGUAGGAAGGACAACUCCGAGGACUUGUGAGUCCCCGGAGUAAGUAACUCCGCUAGCUUAGUCUGAGCCAACCAUGGGAUCUCCACAGUGGUGCGCGUGGCUCCCGACUCGCUCUGUGGCACCAGCACACACACGCUUAGCGAUUCCUCCCAGUCGUCCUCGGAGCUGGCGUGAUGAAAGGGGUGGGACAGAGCCGGCUGCUUGGUGGUCUGAUAUCGCAGGCUGUUGGGGGGCGCCAGGGCCCAUGAUGCACUGCUCAGAGGACGUGCCGGACAGAGCCACUGGAAGUCUGCUGGCUGGAAGACACACACACACGCAUUGAUCAUCACACUUGCAUCUGAAAACCAUCUAACCUACAGGGGCUGUGAUUGGUUGACUUUUACUGCAGUUUUGUUUCAGAGGAAGUACAGCCCACCUUCCCCUCUUUCUGGAUCAACAUUUGCAAUAACGCUUCCAGCUCCGAUAAGUCUCCAAGAGAUGCGGAAGGGGAAGCAAGUACGUUACCUGACUCACCCCCCCGAUGCGUUUUGUGAUGGGCUGCCUUCUGCCGUGGAUGCGGACAAAAGCCACCCAGAAGGCAACGCUCCCUCUGCUCACAGCCAUUCACCACAGGGGCCGAUGGCAACCCUGCUCAGUAGCUGGCCAUCGCCACCACCCUCACCAAGGACACUGCAAAGUCACGGUUGUUGGAUUCUACAGCAGCGCUUCCCGGGCCUCCCAGAACCUGAAGCACAUAAACAACAACAAUAGAGGCCUGACAGAAUGCAUUACACCGAUGUUGGCCGAGUGUUCCCGAGCGCACCCGAGCAGCAGAACAGGAGAGGACUUUUUACAUGAAAAGCACGGGGAACAAUUAAAACAGGAGGACGCGGGGAAAUAAUUGCGAUUAUGGUGGCGGUAAAGUGGCGAAAUCCUUCCGCCAAGUUGCCGGAAGAAGAAAACUUGGCCGGCAUCCGUCGGAGUCUCCUGUAUCCUCACCUCACUGGGCCGCAUGACGUGCGAUUGUGUUAACUCUUUGGCCACGACGUUUGGAAAAACACACCACUAGGGAGCAAGAUGCCGAAGAAAGCGAAAGAAGAAGCAGAGUGGGUGGACGAUGAAGUCGCUCCGAUAGCAGAAAAAAACGUGAAAAGGGGGAAGAAAGACAAAAAGGGCAAAAAGAGCUUUUUUGAGGAACUGCAGACAGACAGCAAACCUGAGAAGGUUGACGAGGUGACUGCGACGGAAGCAAAGCAGCCUCAUAAAAAGAAGAAGGAGCGGCGGAAAGGAAAAGGUGGCGACGCAGACCAGGGCAGCGAUGAAGAUGUCAUGCUGAAACUUAAAAAGCUGUCGGUGCAAGGCAGCGAUGAGGAAGACGAGGAUGAGCCUGCAGUGGUGGCCCCCAAGAAAGGAAAGAAGAAGAUCAAGCAGGGCGGGAACAUCUUUGCAGCUCUCAGCCAGGGUGUGAGUGAUCAGGAGGAGAACUCCCAUGGGGAGGAGGAAGAGAAAUCGGAAAAACAGACCCCAGACAGCGAUGAGGAUGAGAAGCCUAAGAAGACCAACAAAGUGAAAAAAGAAAGUAAAAAGAAACCUGCCGUGCAGAGCGAAGAUGAAGACGAGAAGGACGACAGCGACGGCGGUGACAUGAUGAUGAGUGCGGAGGACGCCAUCGCGGACCAAGCUAAGCAGCAGCAGCAAGAUGAUGACGACCCUUUCUCGAACCUUACCAAGAAGGAGAAGAAGAAGAAGAAGAAAGAGAUGGAAUACGCGCGUCAGGUGGCCAGCCUCCGCGCUCAGAAUGCCUUGGAGGGAGAUUUCUCCAUUUCCCAGGCGGAAAUGUCCUCCAGACAGGCCAUGCUGGAGAACGCCUCGGACAUCAAGCUGGAGCGAUUCAGCAUUUCUGCCCACGGCAAGGAGCUUUUUGUCAACGCUGACCUUCUCAUCGUGGCGGGAAGAAGAUACGGUUUGGUUGGACCCAAUGGCAAAGGAAAGACCACAUUGCUGAAGCACAUUGCCAACAGAGCCCUGAGCAUUCCGCCCAACAUCGAUGUGCUGCUGUGCGAGCAAGAGGUGGUGGCCGACGACACGCCGGCUGUGCAGGCGGUGCUCAAGGCGGAUACGCGGCGCCUGAAGCUCCUGGAGGAGGAGAAGCAGCUUCAGGCUCGCCUGGAGAAGGGAGAGGACAGCGUGUCGGACAGACUGGACAAGGUCUACGAGGAGCUGAGAGUGAUUGGAGCCGCAGCAGCUGAGGCCAAGGCACGGAGAAUAUUGGCUGGAUUGUCUUUUACGCCCGAGAUGCAGAACAGACCCACCAAGAGGUUCUCGGGAGGUUGGAGGAUGAGAGUCUCACUCGCCAGGGCUCUGUUCAUGGAACCCACCCUGCUGAUGCUGGAUGAACCCACCAACCACCUGGACUUGAACGCUGUCAUCUGGCUUAACAACUACCUUCAAGGCUGGAAGAAGACUCUUCUCAUCGUUUCCCAUGACCAAAGUUUCCUGGAUGACGUGUGUACGGACAUCAUGCACUUGGACAACCAGAAACUGUACUACUACAGAGGAAACUACUUGACCUUCAAGAAGAUGUAUGUCCAGAAGCAAAAAGAACUCCAGAAGCAGUACGACAAGCAGGAGAAGAAAAUUAAGGACCUCAAGGCCGGCGGCAAGUCCACCAAACAGGCGGAGAAGCAGACCAAGGUGGCUCUGACGAGAAAGCAACAGAAAGGCAAGAAGAAGGGAGGCCAGGAAGAGGAGAGCCAGGAGGCCCCGGAGCUGCUGAAGCGGCCCAAAGAAUACACCGUCAAGUUCACCUUCCCCAACCCCCCACCCCUCUCGCCACCCAUUCUGGGCCUGCACAGUGUAGAUUUUGGCUACGAGGGUCAGAAGCCACUCUUCAAGAAUGUCGACUUUGGAAUCGACAUGGAAUCCAGAAUUUGCAUAGUUGGACCAAACGGCGUUGGGAAGAGUACCCUGCUCUUACUGCUGAAUGGGAAGCUCAACCCUAGCAAGGGUGAGAUGAGGAAGAACCACCGUUUGAAAGUUGGCUUCUUCAACCAGCAGUACGCAGAUCAGUUGAACAUGGAGGAGAACCCCACCGAGUACCUGAUGAGAAACUUCAACCUGCCCUACCAGGAUAGCAGGAAGUGCCUGGGGCGCUUUGGCCUGGAGAGCCACGCACACACCAUUCAGAUCUCCAAACUGUCCGGUGGGCAGAAAGCUCGAGUUGUGUUUGCUGAACUUUCCUGCCGCCAGCCAGACGUGCUAAUUCUGGAUGAGCCCACCAACAACCUGGACAUUGAAUCCAUCGAUGCUUUAUCAGAGGCCAUCAAUGACUACAAAGGCGCCGUGAUCAUCGUGAGCCACGACGCCCGUCUGAUCACGGAGACGCAGUGCCAGCUGUGGGUGGUAGAGGACAGCACUGUCAAUCACAUCGAUGGAGACUUUGACGAUUAUAAGAGGGAAGUGCUGGACUCCCUCGGAGAGACCAUGGUCAAUAAGGUUAAUCCAUGAUGGACCGGUCAUGUUCCACCGAAGUAGUACUUGCCUUUUCCAGGACUGUACCCUCUAUGCCAGCCUGAUGAUGCAGUGCAGCAGAUAACAGCUUUCCAAUCAUUAUCUUGGGUAAAGGAAACAAACUACUAAAUAAAUCUGUUUUUCAACUUCU